AGCAGGUGGAGACGAGGCGUGGACCCCAAACAAAAUGGCAGCAGAUAGACCACAUAUCAAAAUAGCAGCGGGCGAGUGGGUUCCGUACACCAAGAUCGAGAGGGAUGCUAGCGGCUCCAUCACCAUCCUCGGCCCAAUGGUGGAGCUUCUUAGGAUCUUCUCAACGCUCCUGAACUUCGAUUAUGAGUUGCUCCCCGCGCCUGGCAACCUGUGGGGCGGCCCUCUGGCUAAUGGCACUUGGACUGGAAUGCUGGGAAUGCUGCAUCGCCAGGAGGCGGAGUUGGCUAUCGCGCCUUUCUUCGUCACGCCGCAGAGGGAGAGUGUGUGUGACUUCUCCGUGACAGUGUUCAGUGACUACCAGGCCAUCCUGAUGCAGCGCCCUAAACUGCAGAGUGACGUGGCGGGGUUCAUCAAGCCCUUUACUGUGGAGGUCUGGCUACUGAUCCUGGCGAGCUUCCUGGCCAUCAGCAGCACCGUGGCGUGGGUGUCAGGAAGUGAGGCGGCGCUGUUCCAGACUCCCCUGACCCGCCCCUGGGCACGCUCUGUCCUCAUGGCUCUACAGACUGUGUCGCAGGAAACCUCGGAAUGGGUGCCGCCCCAUGACGCAGGACGCAUGCUGGUCACCACCUGGCUGUUGGCGUCCCUGGUGUUCAUGUCCUCCUACAGCGGCAUCCUCACCGCCAUGCUCACCGUGCCGCGGGUCACCAUCCCCAUUGACUCCCUCGCAGACCUGGUGGCGCAAGACGACCUGCCCUGGCGGCUGGAGGCGGGCUCCAUGAUGUACUCCUUCUUCGAGGAGUCCGAAGAUCCUAUUGGCCGGAAAGUAUUUCUGGAGAAGGCGGGCACCUUCCAGGACUGCUGGGCGGCGCGGCAGGACGUCGCUAGCGGGGAGUUCGCGGCCAUCUGUGACAGAACCACCAUGAUGAAGGCCAUGUCGUGGGACUUCAGCACCACAGGCAACUGUCACCUGUACAUGUCGCAGCAGAAGGUGUACAGCAGCGGGAUUCUCUCCAUCGGCUUCAAGACAAAGUCGAAGUACCUCCCGCCAGCAAACAAGAUCCUGCUGGUGCUGAAGGAGGCGGGUCUGCUGGACAAGUGGCUGGGGGAGCAGAUCACCAACACCACCCAGUGUCUUCGUCCCCCCUCGGCAGACUCCAGGGAGGGCGUGUCUCCGCUGAGCGUGACAGCCUUUUCAGGACCCCUUGCUUGUCUCGGCCUGGGCCUGACACUCGCGGUGGUGGUGUUCCUCAUGGAGAUGAUGAUCGGAGUGAGCAGGAAGAAAUGAAGGUAAAGAAACUCACCAUCAUCCCUCACCUCAGCCAGAACCACGAACCAUGGACUGAACCCUCUGACAGCUGUAGCUCCUCAAACUUAAUAAAAUGUAGCUGAAGUUCGGAGUUAUUCUCAAAAGGCACCCUUGAAAGGAUAUGAAGUGAUGAAGUAGCUAAAAAAAAUAUCGUGCUUCUGCUUAUGAUAAUUUUGGAUCACAUAAUUUUGGAUAAUCCUUUUAACUGCACUUUUUUGGGGACUGGCAUCUUCAGUAGCCCUUUCUUCUGCUUUUUAUUGCCCUUUUCCUUACAUUAAAAAAAAAAAAAAUCGUUUAUAUUCACUCAGAUAAAUCAUCCAGGGUUAUUGAGCUAAAGGAAGAGUUAUAGUCAUUAGCAAUCAAAGAGUUAACAUCCCUCAUCUCCAGGAAGUUACGAUUAAAUGUCUUUGCAAUCUACUUAAAUUGAAAAACAAAAGAUUCUUAUUGCACCGUAAGCUAUAUGAUAAAAAAAAGUCAUCUAAUUGUAGUUCAGCUGGCAUGGCAUUGUUUCAGUCGUACCGCAACAAUGAUGGAAAUUAAAAAUCGUUAUAUUGAAUUCAAGCAUCAUAUUAUUGAAAAUCUAUAUCACACUCUACUAACCGAGAGAUCUGGCGCCUUCCUAUUCAAAAAGACAGAGGGACGAGAACCUUAUAAUUGCAGUCUAAUAAAACCUAUGACUAAUAAA